GUGUAUGCUUCGUGUUUCAUUCAAGCAGUGUCUGUAUUCAACCAAGAAGAACAAGAAGAAGAACAAGAACAGAGAGAGAGAGAGAGAGAGAGAGGCCUAGUUUGAUUCAAGCUUGAAGAGAAGAGAAAAAAAAAAGUUAAGUGGAUAUGUCGAGUGAGUUAGAGUUACCACCUGGGUUCAGAUUUCACCCAACAGAUGAGGAGUUGGUGAAUCAUUAUUUGUGUAGGAAAUGUGCUUCUCUGCCUCUUGCUGUUCCUAUUAUUAGGGAGAUUGAUCUUUACAAGUAUGAUCCAUGGCAGCUUCCAGAAAUGUCUCUUUAUGGCGAAAAGGAGUGGUACUUCUUUUCCCCAAGGGAUAGAAAAUAUCCAAACGGUUCAAGGCCAAACCGGGCGGCAGGAGCCGGAUAUUGGAAGGCAACCGGAGCUGACAAGCCCAUUGGAAAGCCAAAACCAUUGGGUAUUAAGAAAGCACUUGUUUUCUAUGCUGGCAAAGCCCCUAGAGGAAUCAAAACCAACUGGAUCAUGCAUGAAUAUCGUCUUGCAAAUGUGGAUCGAUCUGCUGGCAAAAAGAAUAACUUGAGGCUUGAUGAUUGGGUCUUAUGUCGAAUCUACAACAAGAAAGGCACACUAGAGAAAUAUCAACCAUUGGACCAAAAAAUGGAAAAGUUCGCAGAAAUGGAGGAGGAGGAGCAAAAACCAAAAAUCAUGGUGUCUAGGCAGAACACAACAGUGACACAACCAAUGAUCAGCAAUGACCAAUUACACAUGGACACGUCGGAUUCGGUGCCGGUGUUGCACACGGACACGAGUUGCUCGGAGCAAGUGGUGUCCCCGGAAGUUGCAUGGGAAAAGGAGGUCCAAAGUGAGCCAAAAUGGAAUGACAAUGACAUAGACAAUGCGUUUGAUUAUUUUCAGUACAAUUACAUGGAUGGCUUCGCUGAGGACCCUUUUGCCCCACAAGUUCAGUACCAAAUGGACCAGCUCUCACCUUUGCAGGACAUGUUCAUGUAUCUACAAAAGCCACUUUAAUCGAUUGGUCAAAAAACAAGAAAAAAGAGACACUUCAAAUGGGAACACCUUUGUGGUCCCAAACAAUAUUUUAAUUCAUUGUAGGUCUAUUAUAUAGACCAAAAUAUUACCAAAUACUUCAGCAUGUGUGGGCUCAGGCAAUCUUUGUCUGUGUUUGUGCACAUGUGGGAGACAAUUCUUUUUGGGUUCUUAUGAGGAUUAUAAUUAGUCCUAGAAUUUAGCAAGCAAUUCAUCAAAGUGGAGCUUUGGAUCAAAGUGAAACAGAGAAAAGAAGGCAUGCUAUAUACUGGUGGUGAUAAUUGGCAUCUCAAUUAUUUGAUCUUCUGGUGGACAAUCUGAAGUGUUAUUAUUAGGAAGGUGUAGGUAAUCCAACAACGUCUUGUGUUAGAUUUUCCUUGUGUUAAUAUGUACCCGCGUAGGAAAUUCUUGCAUUUUUCUUAUUGUAGCUGAAUUUUUCCAUAAUCCAUAUGUAAAAUAUAUUACAAUUUAUGAAAAAAUGUCAAGUAUUUUUCA